GUCGGCAGCAGCACGUUGCGGGAGGAGGUUGUGUACCAGAGCUAAUGGAAGAAUAGUGAAAUAAUAGCCGUGGAUGCAGAGUCUACUUUCCUGUUAUGGACUGUUUUACCCUGUGAUGAUGGACCGAGAGGAAUUCUCUGGACUCUUCUGCUGUGGAUAGGAGUUCUGUGUGGUUGUUCCAGUGUACUCAGCAGCCCGGGUAUGCCGCUAAUUCCGACCACCUUGCCGAGUGGAGGCCUCAUGGUCACCAACCAAGACUGCCCGUCUGCUUGCCUUGCACUUAGCCCAAAGGAUUCGUGAGUAGACCUGAGCACGUGCGUUUUGUUUUCUCCUGGUUAUCAAGUGAAGCGGCCAUUUGUGUGUUUUCUGGCCCAACGAGCCCAAGCAACGAUCAGGCCUGCAACGGUUUCAGUGAAUGAGCUCACAAAGGUUACAACAAAAUUGAACUGAACUUAAAAGGGAAUAUUUUGGAUAAAAGUGUUGUUUUCUGAAUCUUGACUGUGAAUUGUAAAGAGGGAAAAACCUUCCAUUGGAUUGUAAGGAAACAUUUCAAAACUUUGGAAUAUUGUAUUUUUUAUUUUAAAUCAUAUUUUGUUUGACUAAAUUUCACAUCUUGGAUUUAAAGUUUGUGUCGUGUCAUUAUUAGUUACAGAUUUUAUAAGUGAUAAGGGUUACUAAAAAUGUAAAAGGGAGGUUUAACAUGUUAGAUAAAUUCAUUAUUCUUGGUGAAGAUUAAACAGAAUUCAUAUUAUUUUCACUAAGUGGAGGCACCGUCAACAUAAGGUUUUAAGGGAAAAAGGUUAAAACUGGUUAGUCAUUGUUUCUCCUGUUUACCAAUAAGAUUAGUUAAUGUACCCAGGGCCCCGCUCACAGUACUAUCACCAUUUUAACCGAGGGUUAAUCCAGAGCUACUUGAGUUGGGUGCUACACAUUUGGAGGCACCGCUGGGAUUGUUGUUGUUUUAUCUACAUUUUAAGUUACCACUAAAUCUGCUGUAACCUUAAAGUAAUUAAGAGUAACACUGGUCCUAAAAAGCAACUUCAGUUAAUCUCUUUUCUUCCCCCUACAACGUAAUUUGUUAAACUAUGGCCACUAAAAGUAAUGACUCACAACCGAAUCUUGCAAAUUGGUGCAGAGGUGAAGGGCUCGAUCAGGCACAUGCCAUUCUAGUUGUCGGAGUGCCUGAAGAGGAGGACCUAUCCACAGUAGAAGAAACACUCGAACAAGUAAAAACCUUGGGCAAGGUAAGAGUAAGAGGAAAAAUGUUUGAUGCCAAUAAUCAAACCCUGACCAUGUUAUGUGAAUGCCGUGAAGCAGUCGAUCCUACCAAAGUCCCGCCAGAGUUGAUUUCCUUUAAGGAUGGAAGUAAAUGGACAAUAGUUGUUGCAGAGCAAGAAACAAACUCCGACCUAUUCACAGAGAAGUUGGACAGAUUUCUACGUGAUGAAGGGAAAACAUUGGAGGAUGUUAAAAGACUAUGUGAUCCUAGAACUCCAUGGAACAGCAGCCCUGAGUCAAUCAUUCGGGUGGUAGGUGAUGUGUUGCAGUCCAAGCCAAAUGAAAGCAAUUUAUACCGUCGCUUUAGAAUCUUCUCAGGAGUCUACCCUACUCCACCUGGUGAAGACAACUUGGAUAGCUGGCUAGAACAAGUAAAGUUCAUGACUGAUGAGUAUGAGUGCUCAGAUAAGGAGAAACGCCGAAGAAUUAUUGAGAGUCUCAAAGGGCCAGCGCUGGAGAUCAUUCAAGCAGUGCGCAUGUCUAAUCCCCUGGCAAACCAUGUGGACUACAUACAGGCAUUGGAAAGUACCUUUGGUACCGCAGAAUCCGGUGAGGAACUGUAUCUCACAUUCAGAGCUAUGCAUCAAAGACAAGGGGAGUGCUUGUCUAACUUCUUGCUGAGACUGGAAAGAUUACUGAACAAAGUCGUGCAAAAAGGAGGCCUACAAGUAGAUGAAGCCAACCGAGCAAGGCUUGAGCAACUCAUUAAAGGUGCCACUGAAUCAGACUUUAUGCUGCUUCAGUUAGGUCUUAGAGGUAAGCGAAGUGAUCCCCCGACAUUUUUAAGUCUACUGAAAGAAAUUCGAGAAGAAGAGGAGCGUGAAGCUGCAAGACAAAAACUGAAAAAACCAGCACAGAGACAGCACGUGCAUGCAGUGCAAGUAGCAAGCGAAACAGACUCCAGAGAUUGUCAGCAACAUGAGUUUCAGUCCGAAAUUCAAGUGCUAAAAGAAAAGCUGAAAGAGCUCAGUAAGCAGUCUCAUUCUACAGAGUCAAGCCACAAAAAGAUGUCCAGAGAAAAGAAAAAAGAGAAACCAGACACAAGCAGCGAAAUGCAACAGUUAAGAAAAGAAGUCAAAGAGCUGAAAACACAGUUAAGUGUCAUGUCGGUAACGCCACAACAUUAUGCAAAAGAGAGAGGGCACUAUUCUAAGUUCAAAGCGGACUUCAGUCCAAAGUCAUCUACCUUUAAGCCAAAGAGUAGUAAAGAGUCAGAUAAUUUCUGCUACAGAUGUGGAGAAAAUGGCCAUUUUGCAAACAAAUGUACAGCUCCGGAAAAUGCUCAAAAGGUAAUCAAAAGGCUUAUUCAUCAAGUGCAUGGAAGCCCAAAUGGACAAAGUCAAAGUACCGACGCUCAAGAUCAGUGUGUUGCUCGAGUUAAUACUACCAACGUUCCAACUCAAAGUGCCAACAUACCGGAAGGUCUUAUUGGUCCAUCAUCCAUAGCUCCUAUUAAGGUCAAUAACAUCUCAUGCCAUGGUCUUAUGGAUUCAGGAUCAUCAGUGACCAUUAUCUUUGAGGAUUGGUAUAGAGCCAAUAUACCAACAGUCCCUAUACAGCCCAUUUCCAAUCUAGCCAUCUGGGGCCUAUCAGCUGAGUCCUACCCUUACCAUGGGUAUGUAGUAGUAGAGAUAGAGUUCCCUGAGGAUGUAGCAGGUGUCAAGGGUCCUCUUAACGUCCUCGCUCUUGUUUGUCCAGAGCCCCCGCAAGGUCAUGAAACUCCUGUAGUGGUUGGUACCAACGCUUUUCUGUUCAGCCGCCUAUUUCAGUUGUGCAGAGAUAGCGGUAAUGAGAACAAGGUCAGCUCCAUGAGGAUACAGGCAGUUUAUGAUAAAAUCCAAACUCAGUCCUUAAGGUCCAGUGGAGGCGACGAUCCCAUAGGGCAAGUGAAAUGGCAAGGUCCAGGGCCACUUACCAUUGCUCCAGGGAAAAGUUGUUAUGCCACCUGUAAAGUAGAGCAGAAAAGAACUAAACCCCAAGAUGUUGUUUUGGUUGAGGCACCUGCCAUACCCCAACUCCCAUCCGCAGUGUUGGUCCAGCCAGGUGUUCUCCGUGAAAGUGACAUGGAUGAGAACAGUUUCAUCGUGCUAUUACAGAAUGAGUCAGAGAAACCUACCUCUAUCCAAGUCGGCACAGUCAUUGCCGAGAUGCAUGCAGUAGACGUAGUCACCGAUCCUAAAGUGUUAGAGUCUGAAGCUAGUACCGUAGCUCCCGAACUCUUUGAUUUUGGUGACUCUCCUGCUCCAACAGAGUGGAAGAAAAGACUACAGCAAAAGCUAGCGCAGAGGCGUAAUGUUUUCUCUCUUGAUGAAGGGGAUGUGGGAUUGGCUAAAGACGUAGAACAUAACAUCCGGCUUAGCAACUCUACCCCCUUUAGAGAGCGCUCACGCCGCUUAGCUCCGGCAGAUAUUGAUGAUGUACGACAACACCUACAGCAGUUGUUAGCGGCAGGCAUUAUCAAAGAGUCUCGAAGCCCCUUUGCAUCACCUAUUGUUGUAGUGCGGAAAAAAAAUGGCUCCAUCAGAAUCUGCAUCGACUACAGAACUUUAAACAGCCGUACGAUCCCCGACCAGUAUACCAUCCCUCGUAUUGAUGACGCCUUAGAUUGUCUUACGGGCAGCAAAUGGUUCUCAGUCCUCGAUCUUAGGAGUGGGUACUACCAAAUUGCCAUGUCUGAGCAAGAUAAGGAAAAGACUGCAUUUAUCUGCCCCCUGGGGUUCUAUCAAUUUGAACGAAUGCCACAAGGCAUCACAGGAGCCCCAGCCACUUUUCAGCGGCUCAUGGAAAAGGCCGUGGGUGAUAUGCACCUUCUCCAAGUCCUAGUGUACCUUGACGACAUAAUCGUCUUUGGUAGAACACUCGAAGAGCAUGAGCAACGUCUCCUAAAAGUCUUAGAUCGCCUUGAGGAGUUUGGUCUGAAAUUGUCGCUUGACAAAUGUCAGUUCUGUCAGUCCCAAGUCAAAUAUGUUGGUCAUAUUGUCUCAAAAGAUGGGAUAGCCACCGAUCCCGAAAAAGUAGAGGUUGUCAGGAACUGGCCGGAGCCAACAGAUCUAAAAACCCUUCGCUCAUUCCUUGGUUUCUGUGGGUAUUAUCGCAGAUUUAUUGCAAAUUAUUCCAGCAUAGUCCGCCCAUUAACUGAGCUUACCAAAGGUUAUCCACCUACUCAGAAAAACAAGGGAGCUCAAACCAAAGACCCAACCAAAACCUACCUCAGACCUUCUGAGCCAUUCAAAGAGCGAUGGGACCACUCCUGUCAAGUCGCAUUCAAAAAAAAUCAUUGAAUGUCUGACCAAUGCCCCUGUUUUGGCAUUUGCAGAUUCCACCAAACCUUAUGUCC